AUCUCCCCUUUGUUGCAUUGUAACAAAAUCCGUUCCAAAUCAGGCAUUACAGUAAUCGACGACCAUAGGACUGGGAUCAACGGAAAUGGGCCGCUAUCUCCGUUCUCGGAGUCGCGCGGCUCAGCCUUUGGUACCAAGGACAACACCCGCACCCGCGUCACAACAGCCAAGAUGUCCAAGACUGCCAUAAAGGAAGGCCUGAGAGAGUUGGUCCUGGAGUACAAAAGACAAAGGACUCUGAGGUAUAUUGAAAAACAAAAAGUAUUAUCAGAAAAAGUGUCUGCUUUUAUUAAUGGACUCUAGCAGAAGAAGAUUAAUGGAUACUCGGCAGAAUGUAUUAAUUGGAGGAAUUUAAUUAUUAUUUAUUAAUGGAUAGUUAGCAGGAGAAGAACACGGGAGGUUCUUCGUGGAUAGAUUUUACGCAUGGACUAGAAGGUGUCCAUAACCAUUUAGGUUAAGACAUGAACGCCAGUGUUUUUAGCUUCACUAUAGCAUGAUAUUAUUCAACAAGAUAGGUGCAUUUAAUAUUUUACAACAGACUAUAAAGUCAAAUUAUUCAAGGAAACAAGCACUGAGUGGCCAAGUGCGAACAAUAGAGCGUUCUGCGUAAUGACCCGCGUUCAUGUACGUAACAAUGCUCAGGAAUGGAUCAAUUCUAAAAAUGUUGAACAGCAAAGUUUGUACUUGAGGGGAAGGGGAGUGUCCGACCACAACAAUGUCGGAUAGCGACGAAGACCACACCGAAGGUGAGGAUAACGUUUUUCUCAACCUGGUCGCGCGUGUCAUCCGGAAACCCCUCUACCGGUUUCCAGGGCAGUGGGGUCACGAGACCUACGAGCCACGGAUCUACAGAAGUCUGGGUACCAUCCUACGGAACGCGACCUCGGAAGAAUUCGAUGCUUUUAUAAUGGACUUUAUUGAUUUUGCGCGGACGGCUCAUGCGCGCCUGGACAUGCAGUUCUACAUGGAGUUCAUUAACGUGUGCACCAAUACCAUCCUGCACUGGGUGUUUGCGCGCAGGCGCAGCGCCGACAUAGUCCGGAAGCUGAUGGAGAGGACGUCGGUGUUUCUGCAGGACCAGACUAACAACCUGGCCAUAGCAUGGAGGUGUUUCACACCCAUCUACAGCCCCAGCCCCAUGGGCGGGGUGACCCCACUGAUGUUCGUGGCCCAGAACAGGCAGUGUGAAGUGCUGAAGGUGUUGCUGCAGUAUGGGAUGCUGGAGAAGGAGAGGAGACCCACCUACAUCAUCAUCUCUGUCCUGUUUAACCCCCCGAGACUGGAGGCGCUGGAUGAACGCUGUCACGCCACCGUCACCAGGGAACUCAGGGACUGUAUGGCUCUCUGCUUCAGGGUGCUCAGCCAUGUAUCCAUGUCUGAUAUAGAGAUGCAGAUUGUGUACGGUCGUAAGCCCCUGAUUGAAGACUGGCGAGACCACAUCCCCCCAAGUCGCUACAAGGACCCCUGUGAACUGACCCACCUCUGUCGUAUGGUGGUUCGGACCUCUCUGCUGGCCAGGGGCCGCUUACCGGACGGCAUCAAGUCGCUACCACUCCCUACACUCCUCCAAGGCUACCUCAACCUGGAGAGCUGAGCUGGCUUAUGGGGCAUCGAGUUUUACCUGGUCUUGGUGAGGUCAUGUGGUCUGGGAAAAACUCCCGGCUCCGCUACUAAAACAACCAGGAGGAUGGAGUUUCUCUGUCUGUUAAUAAAGUGGAGAUCAAAUCUAAGCAGAUCAAAUCAAAUCAAAGUGUGUUUUAUGAGUCCCUUUCAACAUCAGUCACAAAGUGCUUUACAGUCAGUUUACCACAAAGAGCAGAAGCAGAAAAAAAACUGUCUAGAAAGAAGAAGAAACCUGUAGGGAGAAACGCCUGAGGAACCUCAUCCUCUAUUGGCUGGACUGGUUUUGAGGCCAUUACAAGUUUACCAGGAAACUAUCAUGGUCCAAGCACACCAACAACAAC